UUCCUACUGUUAAGAAUUAGUAAAACGUUUACUGUUUGACUUUUAGAACUUGUUUGACAACGGAUCUGAGGCAGUGAUUUGAACCAACGCGAACCAGAGCUCGCGGUUGUGGAAGAGGUUUUGAGGGCCGCCGACAGUUCAUUACGUCUCAGAGAUUUUGGUAAUACAGCGACAAUGGCCAUGUUCUGGUUGAUGCUCGUUGUGUUCGUUUGCUUUUCUGUUGGUUUUGGUCAAGAACUGUCGUGUUCAACAGUGAAAAGCGCGUGGAGAUCGAAAAGGCUGACAGAGAGCGAGGUUCCUCCAUCCGCCGUUGAUGGUAAGCAUUUGUUAGUGCCAUACCAACGGAGCAGUACUUCAUGAAUAUGUGGUCUUUUCUGUGAUUUCCUCAUUUUGUUUUAGGUGUAUUACCCUGCAUGGGGUGGUAGUUAGGCGAGUUCGACUUUCAAUUUGAUGAUAUUGCUAACUUUAUUUUGUUUUUUAGGAAAUGACCUUCUUAUAUGCCCUAAAGACAACGGCAAGCAAUGCUGCUCUCGAAGAAUGGAAGAUCGCUUCGCCAGCCUUGCGCGCGGCGACUUCGAUCAAGCGGUGUCCAAAAAAGUUGAAGAAUUGGGGAAUCUCUUUGGCGUCCAGGCCAAAAUAUUUGACGGUAAGCUGUUCGCAGUAAAAUGUACAAAGUGUGAAAGAGUGUGGAUUAAGUUUGCGACUGAAAAAACCCGCUAAUGGAGACUCAUUUGGCGUGUGCAUGCCGAGUUGAGCCCAGCUUUAUGUGAAAUAAGCUAAGCUUGCGUUUUAUUGUAAUAUUAUGCUUUUCUCUCCCGGUUUUUACCCCUUUGCUUUCGAUUUAUUUCUUAGAUGAAGCGUAUAAACAUUUCGCCUCUGGCAUUUUUAGGGUUUGUAAAGGUCAGCCUGCCUAAUAUAGAAUGAAAGGGAUUUGGUGCACAGGAAAUUGGCCGAAACUCAAAAGUAAACAGGACUGCGUUUUUAUGAUACUUUUACCCACAAGCCUUAAGCAGUAAUUACGGCACUCAUUUCUGUCGCUCAAUUCGCUUUAAUCUCCUGAUUGCUGUAACAAGAAAAAAUAAGUAAUUUUUUUCUUGUUAGUGGUCAUUUAGGAAAGCGAAUCGUAGAUCUAAGAUCGAUGAGAAAUGGGUAAACUUGCACGUACUUGCGGCAGUGUUGAAAGUAACAUAGCUCUCGAAAACUGCUAUGUAACCUUAUCUUCAUAUCUCUUCGGAAUGUCGGAGAAAACAAGCUUAAAAAUUAUCAAUUUCGUGUGUUAAUCUACCACAAUGAAACGAACGCUUCCUUAAAAAUCCUUUUCUUUCGUCCAUUUCAUAAACCUUAAAAUCGCUUGCACGUUUCACGGCGUGAAAGUUUAAUCACAAAAGGCUGCGAUGCCAUUUUGAAAUGAACUUGUCAGAUCUGCGUGUCGGAGCGACGCAAAGUCUUUCCACAAGUUUGAAGUGUCGGUGUUAUGUUACAUUUGCUACCUCACGAAAUUUUUUGGGCGAGAAUCGUGCUCGUUUGAGGCAAAACAAGAAGAAUGUCAUGCUGUCUUGAGUGGGUUUGCGAACAAUAAAGUUUAUAAAUCAGUGUUCAGUAACCACAUGGGAGCAUGUUAUGGAACAAGCGUUUAGAAAACCCCCCUUCGAGAGGUCACAAGAAUAGUUUGUUAUUUCUUCAGCAUUUAUCUGAAUCGUGUUGGACAAAACCAUCAGAUGUGAGUUGUAAAUUUAGAAAAUGAGUUUUGUUUGUCACAGUUGCAUUCGCCUGGGGCUAUUGUACAUUUAAAUUAAAAAAAGAUGAAAUCUUUGGUUUUUUUUAUUAAUCUUCGAUUGUUUUCAUGGAUUCGUGGUUUACUCGGCUAACAAUGUGUGCAUGAACCAAAAUUAUAUAUCCAGUUAUAUUGCUUAGAUAAGAUACUCGCUGUCAUCUGAAAUCAGAAGAAAGUACGCAUUCUUAACUCUUCAAAGGUGUAAUUUACGACCAAACAUAGGCGAAAUAUUGGCCGUGAACUUUUAUGUAAACGAUAUUUUUAGGUAGUUAAACACUAUUUCUUUGACGUACUAGAUUUUUCUGUACUUUGUUAAGUCUGAAAUACUGCCCAACCAUUUGUAUCAGAGAUUCUGAUGUUUUUUUUUGUCAGGUCCUUGAAUAUAAGUCGGUUACAAAGAAGGUUUAUGAUUAAUCGCGGAAGUGAACUCUCGCUGCGGCCUUCCUAAUUCCGACAUGUUCGAGGAAAGUGUCGGUAAACCAUGAAGACUUCACUGAAAUUACUGAUUCUUUGAGGUCUUGCCUAACGGAAUUGGAACUUAAUUGGAUUAAAGCACAUUAUUAUAAAUACACAUUGCUAAUUAUGAAAUGCAAACACGCUCUUUACAGCGUUUUGCGGCGUGGCGAGGUCAAAAUGUCCUCGCUUGGCGCAUUUCAAUUUAGCACCUCAUCUUUAGUUUAAAUGGACACUUAUUAAACUAGCAAAACCCAUUUGGUGUACAUCCACACUUUCGAAAUCUAACCAGGGACAGUUUCAGCAAAAUGAAACAAACGUGGAGUUUCCUCUAUGCCUAACUCUGUAAAGGAGAGUUUUGAACCUCUGAUGGUAGCAGCCCUUGAAUAUUGCUACGUUUGCAGUGUGUUGUGUAUGACCAUUAUAGUGGAAAUCUUGAAAUUACUAAUUCAUCGUAAUUUGCAGUGUAAUUUGUCAGUGUCUAGACACAUGAAGACUGUUAUCUUUUGCAUUAUGGAAAAUACUUGCACAACUUUAAUCACAGCUGGUAACCUGCAAUCUUUUUGCCUUCGUAAGCAAACAAAUUGUAGAAUAAAUAACGAUUUUGUGGUGUCAUGUUCGCAAGUGUUCUAAAUGGUAUUGAAAUUAUGAAUUUUGGUGUUUUAGGAGUGCAGAAAACUGGAUAAUCCCUAGAGAAAGAAUUUCACGUAUUUAACCCUUUCAUGACAGUCUUUAUACUGUAGUUUUUGAAGUUAAAGAAAGUAUGUGGAUAAGUCACCAUUUCUUAGUAGUUAACAUUAUUUAGCAAAUUCCAAAACUCAGAGUAACAAUUUCUAAAAAUUAAAUAUUUUGUUUAAAUUGCUUGAACUUUAUCAGUGAUGUAAAAUGAGGUUUGCUAACAGAUAGUUGUUUCGUAAUCCCAGGAGGGAAUUGUGAAUGGCUUGGAGAUCCCAUCCUUUGCCCUAAUCAGCUACGGUUUUCUUUAUUCAUUUAGUUUUUGAUAAUCUAUAAAUGGUAGCUAUUAUGUCAAUGAAUAGUCAACCUUAGGUUCAUGUAAAUUCUAACAUGACUCCCAGGUUUUAGGGUCAAAAUUGCAAAUUUUCCACAAGUCCACUCUCUCACAAUUGCCAGAAGAGACUUAAGCACAUAGAAAACCAAACCAAAUAUGACUAGAAAGCCUUGGAGUCAUGUUAGAAUUUUAAUAUAUCGAACAUGGGUUAUUACAUCACCUUAAAUCCUCUACAAAGCCUCCCAAGCAGCUUAUUUUUUUCAAGCCCAUUUGAGGUGGGGGAGGGGGGGGGUGCUUAUUUGGCUUAUCAGGGUAAUAGCGUAUCAGAGUAGCUGGCCAAAGACAGCAAGCUGGUGGUAGUAUCCAGUGGCAACCAGCCAUUGCUGACAACCAUGGAUACAGAUGAAAAAUUCUUUAUUCAGUAGGUUCUUAACAAAUCAUAAUCAUUAUUAUUUUGAAUUUUGAAACAAAUUCUGUUUUUUGUUUUGGAGUUUUGAUCCGAGCAAGUUUAUUUAGAAAACACCGGAUAUGUUUUCUAUAUUUAAAAAAUGUGAGUCACAAUGAAACAGCAACCUUAGUAACAUUUCUUACAGUUUCAUGCAAAACCAGAAUUACUAAUAAUGUCAUAUAAUUAUUUUUAGAUCACUGUGUAGUAUAUUGUUUUUGCAAAGUGACAGUUUUUUUUUCAAAGCAUAAGGCGUUUCUGCUUCAACAAUGAUGUAGUCUUUAGCUUGUCAUCUUAAAUUUAGUUGCUAAGAAGUGACGUGCUUUUUUAAUCAAUUUUUUUUACCAAGUUUAAAACUCAGUGAAAUUGAUUGAGGCUGUGCACUAAGAAAAAUCAAAAGGAAAAAUCAAGGUUGCCCAGCAUAGGAUUUCUAUGAAAAAGCUAAAAGUGCCCAGUCCAAAGAUGAUCAUGAUGAUGACAAUAAAAAAAAUUUGGAGCAACAAUAUUGUAAUCUAUUGCUAGUAUAGCAUCAUUUCCUUUUGGAUAUUUGUGUGUAUAUCCAAGUAAAUUUGUCAUUUGGAUUCAGUUGAAUAAAUCAUUAUUUUUGAUUAUGUUUGAUUCAAACUGAGUUUCACCAAUUCAAGUUUCAUCUUCACAGCACUUCUGCACUACCAAUAAGCCUAAUUAUUAACAUAUGCCCGAAAGAAAAUUAAUUGUCAAACACAAAACAACUUAAUAUUUGUAUACAUUAUAAAUAUUGCUUACAGUAUUGUUUGUAUUCACAGAGUGGACCAAAAUUCUAAAUCACAUGACUGAUGUAAUCUUGUACCUAAUUUUUAGCUAAUAUGGCAGCUGUAUAUCAUGCUUGUACACAAUUUCCAACACACAGAGUGUUAAUUAGGCAUCAGAAAUCAGAGAACUCUCCGUUUACUCAGGCCAGAAUUCGCCAGCUAACGUUCGGAAGCCUAUGACUAUUUUUUAUUCAGACAUGGAACCUCUGUCACAUUAUUCUCCUAUAAUGUUACUACACCUUUCUCCAUCUACUAGAAUUCUUAAUGAAAACCCUGAACACAACUUUUGUCAUCACCUGCUCUUGUCUGGUUUGCCAGACAUCUUUAUUUUCUGGCAUUUGGAUAUCAAUGAAUACUACUAGCGUACAAUUCACUGUCAUGAAAAAUUGAUUGUGGGAAAUUCAUUUUCUAUAGCUUGUGGUGUAUGUAUUGUUGUGUAAUUUUCCAAAACUGGCCCUCCAAGCAGUCAAGUCUCUCUAGCAGUUUUUAACUCCUUAAAAGUUUAUUUCUGAGAAAACAUAGAUAUUGGCCAGAAGGGGUAAACUGCCUUUCAGUAUUGGACACAUAAUCAUGCAUUACCGAUCCUCAAAGAACAUCUAUAACUCUCAUUAACUGAGUUUGAGUCCUGUACUGUAAUUGAAUUUUCUUUCAUGUCUUGGUAAUGCCAGUGAGGUUUAAAUACCAAAGACCUUAAUUUGCACAAGAAAGAAAAACCCUGAAUCAUUCUGGUAGGUCAUGGGAAUAAUUGCCAAACAAGCAAUGACAGAAACCAUGCAAUAAAAUUAGUUAUUUGGGGUGAUGUAAAGGUUUUUUGUUGAAUCCUGGCUUGAGUUAUGUGUUAUUCUUGGUUUAUAGAAUCUGCUCUUCUCCCUUUUGAACCUUAACAAGGCUGUGCUCUAAGGCAAAUUGAAGGGAGCCCAGUGCUCUGAAACCGUAAAAUCUAGGAUGCCCAGCAUAUGAUUUGUAUGAAAAAGCUAAGAUUUCCUAGUCGCCCGAGAGCAAAAGUUAGGCGCCAGGGGCCACCGGGCUCUGCUAGAGCACAGCAAUCACUUCAUAAUUCAUAUUAUUGUUCUGUUACAAUUAAGACCUUUACGUAUUUAAAUGACAUGUCAAUUCUGUAUGCCAUAUCAUACAAUUUUUUUUCAAAGCACCUGCAGCACCUUGCGAGCAGAGCCUUUUUUUGCCUUCUUGAGUGAAUAGGAGAAAAGUAGGGUCUGUCUGAAUUGCGUCAAGCCCUUGAGGUCACUGCAGCCCAAACUUCCAGACUAGUCAAUUUGUUUUCUAUCAUCAAACUGUUUUUUUCUAUUGCAAGUCAAUCAAUCAAUCAAUCAAUAAACUUUAUUUACCCUCGAAUUUACAGUGUAGCACUCAAGUGCUAAUAUCUUCGAGCCAAAGAUAUUAUUAUCCCUUUCAUUGAUAAAGUAAUGGUCAAAACUGAACCCACUGUAGCAAGCACACAGCUAUUAGGCCUGUAACGUGCAAAGAAAGUUGUGUCCAACAGCCCAAGGCUUGUUGACUUUACUAUCAGGCUAGUCUAUUCUAUUCCUAACUUGCCCAAUGGGCAUAUGAAGCGUUGUGGGGAGUUAUUACUUUUGGGCUAAUACAUACUAGUUACAGCUUGCAUGAAUUAUGGCAAGCUGUAAAACUGACUUUCUUUGUUUCCUGGGCUGGGUUCAAAACUAUAUCCUAGUAACAUGCAGGGCUCAAAAUAAUUUCUCGAGAGUCUCUGGACACGAUGACUGGCCAAAUUCAUUUUAGCUUGGUCAAGUAUCGUUUCUGGAAGGUCAAAUUGAUAAGGCUAAAUGUAACUCUUAAAACAAGUGCCAAUAAACCAAAACUGGCAUUGUGUAUUUCCAAUUAGUUGUUGCUUAACUAAUAAAAGUGAAAAUAUUUUCAAUUUUGUGACCGGAAGUACAGCGUGAAGAGCAGCGUGGAAAUUUUAAUUCAUUUCAUUUUUAAUAUGAUCCAGUGUGACUGGCCAACCUGACUGGCAAGGUGAAAGGUUGACUGGCCAACUCCCCAAUCAGCCCGGACAUUGUCUGUUGACCAGCCAUUAUUUUGAGGCCUGACAUGCCACACAUGCUCCAUAAGGAUCUUACUCAAUUCAUGCAAAGCCUUUCUCGAGUAUGCCAAAAUUGAGCAAGCGAGAUAGAGGCUCUGCUGGAAAGGUGCAGCUACAUCAGCUUGUCUCUGACCUCCAUUGUUUCUUUUUCACUUUCAUCAGAUUACUUCCAGGAACUCAUCAAGGAGUCUCAGCAGGACUUAGACUCAAUGUUCACAAGGAUUUAUGGCAUGCACUAUGAGAAAAACAAACAAUUAUUCAUGGACUUUUUUGUGGACCUUACAAGUUAUUACAGGGGAACAACUGGUUCUGACAUCAAUGGCAUAAUGGAUACAUUUUUCACCAAGCUUAUGGGUCGCAUGUUUCAGAUAAUGAACACUCAGUACACGUUCACUGAGUCAUACCUUAGCUGCGUAUCGCGACAAGUUGAUGAGUUGCGACCAUUUGGAGAUGUGCCAGAAAAACUGAAGCCACAAAUAAGGAAAGUGUUAAUCCAUGCCAGAACUUUUUCCAAAGCUCUCUUUGACGGUCAAGAUGUUAUUCACAUGCUCAAAAGGGCUGUUUCUGCUUCUGAAAACUGUAAGAAUCACCUUGUCAAACUAAAGUAUUGUUCAUGGUGCAAAGCAAUGACUUCCUUGAAACCGUGUUAUAAGUUUUGCACUGAUGUACAUAAAAGUUGUCUAGUGGACAUCACCAGAGUAAACACCCUAUGGCAGAGCUACAUGGCAGCUUUGAAUGACCUCUUGGAGAAACAAACUGGUCCUACCAACAUCCAAGAUGUGAUUUCUGGAUUAAACUUCAAGAUUUCUCUAGGAAUCAUGAACUUUCAGGAUAAACAAAAGACGGAAGAAGUGAAGAAAAAGGUAAGGAAAUGGACUAUUUGGUUCGCUGAAAAGUUUUGUUCUUGUUUUGCCUAUUAAACUGAAGCCAAGAUAGUAAAGAGCAUACCAAAUGUAUUUGGCAUUUUAUUAAGAGGUUUCCACAACACUGUGCUUGGUCCUUAAAGCCCAUAAGCAGGGGUGGAUCCAGGAUUUUUUUUAGGAGGGGAUGCACUUGUCUCUUGCUCUACUUCAACACUAAUAAACCACAUAGUUUUUUUUUUUUGCAGAAUACCAGUUCUUUUAGAAAACCGCAGGUCAUCUCAGGGGGGGGGGGGAUGUGCACUCCCUGCACCCUCCCCCUAGAUCCGCCCCUGCAUAAGAGUGAUUAGCAUUGUAUAUCUGCUUCUUAUACUAUCAGUGCUAUAAAAAACAGUGGUCACGAGAAUUAAGAAAAUGCUUGCAAAAGAUAAAUUAAAUUUAUUAUAUGGCUAAGUCUGUCUUUGCCAUGCAAUUGGUCAAUUUGCAGUUCAUAACUUGCUAUGCGGACCAAAAUUUCAAGAGCAAAUGCUCAUUUUACAGUGUCUUUUAAACUUAGAUGGGUAAAAAAAUACCCUAAAACAAUUACGCAAGUAUGUGUUUGUAAAUUUUCUUAGUGACAGCUAAACCUAAGGUGGUGGCAAACUUUAAGAACUCAUGGAAAAAGUCAUGAAAUUUGAAGAGCUCCAAAGAGUUCAACUCUGUUUGCAAUGUGUGACUCCACUUGUUGUCUGCUUCUUUAAGCUAGAGGCUGUGACAAAAAAGUUUUUUUUCAAGAAAUUUAUUUUGUCCGUGUGCCCAAAUCAGUAUGUUUUGCUUUAGGAUUUCAAACCAGCCUCAGCUUCUUGCACUAUGGGCAGUUAUAAAUUCUUGACAUUUUAAAGGUACAUGUUCAAAAGCAUAGUUCAUCUGUGCUGUUUUUGUAGGUCUUCCAAGCUUCGGAGUGUGGUAAUCCAAGGGUAUCAAGGAGAUCUACAGAUGACUUUUUCAUUGAAGGAAGCAAUAGACAUAGAAGAAAUAGUGAUUUAAUGACAUUAGCAAGAACGGAUUCUUCAAAGGGCAGCUUUGACAAGUAAUUACUGUUCCUUUUAUGAAAUAGUUUAAUGGUUGAACGUUACAUCUGAGUGUGAAAAGCACAAAGCCAGGUCACCAGUCUUCAAAAUAUGACAUCUGAAUGUUGAAAAUGUCAUAUCUAUGUGGCUAAACUGCAUGUUGCUGUUACUCACUUUGUAGUGGGGUUGUUCAGGGUUGUCAAAAGUAGCUGGCUGCCAGCAAAAAUCGCCACUUACUUGGUUAGUAUCGGCCAGCUACUCUGCUUGGCAUUUCUUUACAGAUGGUGUUUUUUAAAUAAAAUAUCCCUGGACUGGCUGGUUACUUUGACAACUCAGCCAUCUAUUUCAAACUUUCUGACAACCCUGGUUGUUGGUGAUGAUGAAAAAAAAUAUAUAACAAAUAUAAAAAAACAUACAAUUGUUCAAAACAUGUCCAUUCACUCCCACCCCCUAUCCCUUUGGAAAUUUUAGUUUAGGCUAAUACUUAAAUUUUUUGAGACUCCACCUCCCCAGCAACCUCCAAAAAUAGCUCAAACAGCAAAACUGAAAACUUUAUACCCCUCCUCCCAAUGGCAGUGGUAGAAUUAAAAUUAGUGCAGAGUAAAAACAGCUCUGUUUAUUCAGUUAUUUCUUAGUGUUAUUCUUUUACUAGUUGAGGACUGUUUUUGGUUCUUAUACUCACAAUUCAAUUAUCUAUUUUUCUUUCUGAUCAUUAGACUGACUGGCAGUUUCAAAUCAAAAAUGAAAGCCGCAGAUAACUUUUGGAGCACUCUUCCAGAUAAUGUUUGUGGUGACAUUUCUGUCAAACAGAAGUCUGAUUGUUGGAAUGGUGUUGGCAAAGGGAGGUAAGCAAUUUAAACAUUCUUGAAAGAAAAAUAUUACUGGUAUGAACUUAAAAUAAUUUGAACAGAUUCCAGCUUUUGAAUGCAUAGCCUUUCCCUUAUUUUUUGUCCUAACAAAUUUCACAUCCUUAAUGGUACAGUUUAGUUUGUGUGUUUGAUGAGAAAAUUGCAUCAGUUGACAAAAUAUGCAAACAUACUUUGCUGGUAUAACCACUAUCCACCCAACAGCUUUGUACAUUAAUUUACAGUGGUUUUAUGUUGUCUUUUAUGCCCAAAUGUUUUUAAUUUUCAACCAAUGAUCAUUACUUUCUGGAACCAGUCCAGAGGCUGAUUAGUGCUAACCCAGGGUUAAAUUGUAACCUGGUUUCUUUAUAUUUUGUUUAAAAAACAUUUUCUUUGAUAGAGCAUCCAAUCAUGGUAUUGUAGACAAAAAGAAUAAAAAAUGAAUUGGCUUUUUGUGCUUCCAUUUGUGAAUACAAGUUUUGCACUAGCCUUUGACUAUCUUAGCCCAGCUUUGAAUAUGCUAGCCCUGGAGGGAAUAUGCACUGACCUGCCUCCUUGAUACUGCUGCCCAAAUUAACAGCCCCCCCUCUCAUUUUGACAUAAUGCUUUGCCAUAGUAACCCUUUAAGUCCCAAUAGUGACCAAGAUCAAUUUUCUCCUAACAAUAUCCAUACACUGUCAAGAGAUAAGUUAUGAGAAUAAAUAAAAUGAUCACCCAAGAGGAAAUGCCUUGAUCUAUCAACAAAUUCUCUCAACUAUUUUUUUAAGGAAAUGUAUGGAGAUCAGUUUGGAGAAUUUGUAUGUGGAUACUGGGGCUUAAAGGGUUAAAAUAUUGUGACACCUCUCUAUACCUUUAGUUACACAAGCCCUGAGGAUGGAGGGAAUGACAUCUCAGAAGACUUGAAACCAGAAGUACGCCAAGCAAUUGUCAAACUUAAAGAAAUAACAGAUCAGUUGAAUGCAGCCAUAAAUGGAGAAGAAAUCAUAGACAACGAUGUUAGUGGAUCAGGGAGUGGUAGCGGUAGUGGUAGUGGAGAUGAAGCGAGUGGAGUAAAUGAGAUUACAGAGAUGACAGAAACUGUCACUGACAAUCCAGAUACUAAUGGUAUAGUUGAUGAUGACCCAGCGGGUGAUGAUAAGCUUGGUGGAGGAAUUGGGAAACCCAGUCCUGGAAAACGAAGGAAUAUUGCAACCCAGCAUCAUGCAGAAGUGUGGCUUUUAGUCUCUCUGCUUUGGGCCUUCCUGGGCAUUCUAAUUGCAUAACUAGAUUGGAACACAUAUAUUACAAUAAUUGUGUCCACAGAAAGAGGAUUUGCAGUAUAGUUUUAUACCGACUGCCCAUGAAACAUUGGUCACUUGAUAUAGUACAGUACACUGCAAAAGUCUUGCCACACUCAAACUCCCAAAGGGGGCAACUAUAAAUUUAAGAGUGAACAUUAACAAGCUUUUAUUUCCAGGGGAUUAUUUUUUACAGAAAGUUGUCACAACAAAAUGUAAAUUAAUUUGUAAAUUUUUAAGCUUGCCUUUGACUGAGUGAAGACAUAACUUUUUGUAUAAAUUCAUUUUUAUUUGAAAAUCCAGAAGAAGGAUGAAUAUGUCUGCUAAACUAAUAUACGUAUGGUUUGCAAGACAUGCAAACUAUUCAAUAAUAUUGUGUAUAUAGAGUACCAAUACAUCAUGUUAGCUACAAGAACAAAAUAUGGUUUGGGCAAGAAGAAAUGAGAAACACCAUUAGGUUUGAGGCAGCAUGAAGAAACUUGCAAUUUUGCUGCAUUCGCAGAAGCCUGCUCCAUUCGUCUUGCGCCAUUACUUUCAAGCACCUGCUAUGCAGGUUGCCUGCGUUGCAGCCAGCCCACGCACUCAUCUAAACUAUUUGAAUAGCACAGAAGGGUAAGAACGUGUGCAACACAGGCAACUCUGUAGGCUACAUUCCUAGUAACCUUCAAACCCUUGAAGAGGGUGGGAAUUUACAAAAACCAUUACUUUUGAAAGACAAUACUUCAGACAUAGCAACCAUGAAUUUCCCAAAAAUUGACUACGGUCAUUUGUGAUACUUAUCUUUUGAAAAACAUAAAUGUCACAAGUUGACUAAGCGUCCCCCCCCCCCCCCCCACAAAAAACAAAAAAAAAAAACACCAAAAACAAACAACAAAAAACCAAACAAACAAAUAAUAACAUUGUGACAAACAGCAUUACAAGGUACUUUAUGACUUUUAUGGAUUGAGAGCUGGGCUAAUUUACUAGUGUGGCUAUUGUUUUCAUACUCUCAAACAAUAGCUACACUUGUAAAUUACACAUGUCAAAGUUUUAUGAAAUUGACCCCUGCUUAGUUUUUGACCCUUCUAAUGAAAAGCCUGCAUAAAUGGCAUAUACUUAAUUAUGUGUAUGUUCAGUCAAGACCUCAGUGUCUUCAUUUUGUUUGAAGUUUGGUUGCAUUAUUACCAAGAGAACCAUGUGUAGUUGAGAGGUUUGAAAUUUUUUGCGGGGAAAGGUUUGAGUGGUGACCAGUUUCACAAAUGGGGUUAGCUUGUGGCAUUUAUUAUUAUGUUGAUAUCCGAAGUGUAUUUUUUUACCAAACAAUUAUACAUGUUUUGGAAGGGGCUUAUUUUGUCAGAGAAUCUCCUGAAAAAAAAUUUACUAAUCCACAAUAAUAUAAAUUAUUACUGUGAACAUUUUGUUUGCAACCUUGGAAGUGCUGCAUAUGUAUUUGAAAAAAAAAUCUGAGCACGAGGCCUCAGUCAAGUUUGCCCAUCAAGAAUUAUGUGAACAGGUUUUUUGUCAAAUCUAACAAUACUUGUGUCAUUGUUAAACAAGGGUUUUAAAAAACCUUUAUCUUGUAGAAUAGUCGCAUCAUGUUUAAUAUAAUUUCUACAUUGCUCAACAGAAAUAGUGUUGGGUAACAGAAACAGGUUUUCAAAAUCUCUGUGAGGAAACCAUGUUUCUUGUAGAGGGCCUUGAUCCACCAAGGCACUCUUUCAAUUCCUUAUUCACAGUAGCCUGCCAGCAAGGUCUCAAUUUUGGGAUAUCAAAAGAAAAGUGCCAAUCAGCAGCAUGCAAAAGGGGACUGAGAGCUGGGGAUUCCCCAGCCCUCUUGCUCAUCCAAUCUCUUGUGGAUUGCCUUGCUUGUAACUCAAUUUGGAGAGCUUGCUUACAGACUAUCCACAUAAGUAAGGUCUUCUUAGCUAGUGGGUGAUUGGGAGAAACCAGUGCGAUGAAAU